CCGCCGACUGUCCGUCCAUCCAUACGUGAUCGCAUUUUGAUAAGCGAAGCAUCUCUUGCAGCUACUCAAGUUUGUAAUAAUUCUUGUGGUAUCGAGAUAGCGUGUUUGUUUUGGUUUUUACAGCCGGAGGCAUGUAAUCUUCAAUUAUGAUUACAACAAGUGCCACGAUAGUGAAACAAACGAAAAGUACCUUUUAGGAAAGCAGUGGUCAGUGGUGAAAGUGCAAUGAAUUAUGUAAAUUCGCUUUGAAUAUAUCCAUAUUGAGGCAUAAUUGCAAGCGUAAGAAUAGAUCUUUAAAAAGUGCACUAGGUGAGGGCCACGUGUUAGUUUCCUCAGUGUCGAUCAUGACUUGGGAUUGUUGGCAGAAGGGUAAACGUGGUAUGACCGUGUCGGUGUUCUUUCUUGGAUCGAUCUGCCUCUCGGUGAUGCUCGCAUAUUUGGUAUUUGGCGACAGUACUGACGAAGAAGGACUUCGUACUCUUCGUAUGAUCGCGAUCAUGUUUCGUCACGGGGAUCGUUCGCCGACCGAGUUCUAUCCUAAUGAUCCCCAUCGGAACCAUCCGUGGACUGGGGGAUUGGGAGCUUUGUCAGAGAGAGGAUCUCAACAAAUGUAUAAUUUAGGUAAAAAUCUCAGACCGCGCUAUUACCGUCUACUGCCACCAAAUGGCUUGUAUUCAAAAGAUCACAUGUACAUUGUUAGUAGCUAUGCCGAAAGAUGCAUUAUGAGUGCACAGAGCUUUAUGGCUGGAUUCAUACCCCCACUGGAAAACAACAAUCCGCUUCCUAUUCCGUGGCAGCCAGUGGCGAUUAAUACAUUGCCUAGAGAUCGCGAUACGAUACUAGCGCAGAAGAAACCUUGUCCUCGUUAUGAGCAAUCUCUUCAACGUUUGAUGUCUUACCCACCAAAGGACAUACGGGAUUUGAAUGAGAAACAUGCUGCUCUGUACAAGACAUUAAGCUUGUCCACAGGAAAGAAUAUUAGCACAAUUUUGGACGUGGAAUUGCUAUACAACACAUUGGAGAUCGAAAAAAAUGCAGGCCUAGAGUUACCAGAUUGGACAGAAACGAUUUUUCCGGAGAAAAUGCUACCAUUAGCAGAACGUAGUUUGGCCCUGUUUACCGAGACGCCUUUGAUGAAGAAAAUCAAAGGCGGAGCGAUCGUGAGCGAACUACUGGACAACAUGCUGCGCAAACGGGCUGGCAUCCUGAUGCCGGAACGAUCGAUGUUCAUCUACUCUGGACAUGACGUAACACUCGUUAAUCUAAUGCGGGCGUUGGGCGUAAUUGAUCAGACCACCGGUAAGCCGGAUUUUGCCGCUACGAUAGUGUUUGAGCUGCACCACAGUAUCACGUUCGAUGACGAUUUCGAGGUAAAGGUGGUAUUCUAUUUCAACAGUGACGAUAAGUAUCCGAAGGAGUUGAGCAUUCCCAACUGUGGCAAUCCGUGUUCGUUGACGAAGUUCAGUCAGUUGAUGGAAACGAUCCAUAUCAAAAGCUACGAUGAGCUGUGUCAGUUAGUUUAGGUUCUUGAGAUUUUUAGUCGAAUUGUAAUUUUUCUUGUUCAGAAUCAUGUUGUGUGUUUUGUUAUGCACUGAAUCGAAUCUGAACAGAAUUGUUAUUUGUUUUUUUUUUAGAAAAUCGGAGUUAAUGUUCAGCGAAUAUUAUAUUGGAAUCUAAUGUAAUUGAUAAAUUCUUGAUUUUUACAGUUUUCGCAUAGUUAUUUCAGAAUUUUUUAAAACUUUUCCCUACAAGCUUCGUUUAUGGUUUGGUUUGGUUUGUGCACCCACCUUUUGAUACUUUUGGUACCUACGUUUUGGAUUUUAAUACUGUAUACUGUAAGCAGUCUAAGUAUUGGUACUGAGGAAGAUCUCGCGUGGGGAUUGAAAUACGUAUUUAUCCAGAUCUACAUUAGAUAAUCAGAUGAGGUAGUAGAAUUAAACGGUAACAAUAACAUUGUGAACUACUUAAUUGAAUUGUUGUUUUUGUGUUCAAAUCGAAUGUACGUUUUUCGCUACUUCAACUCGUAUGUAGUCAAUACAGCGUGAAGGCGAAAUAGGCGAAUAUUAAAAUCUCUAAAAUAUAUCAGUGGCAAUAAUUAAAUCAAUUUGGGUGUACCAUAAUUUAAAUAAAUCUUCAAUAAACGUACGUUUACAUA